UCUUCUAACUUCGCGGGGCGAACCUUAUAAGUUGACAGGACACAAUGAGGCAGCCCAUGCCGCCGUCCUGAGGCAACCAGUAGCUCGCCUAUAGGUGUCAUUCUACUUUCACUUCCCAGCGAACGUUUGUUCCCCUGUAUCAGAGGCUUCUGAAAUGAACACGACAUCAGACCCACUCCAGGGUAAUUAUGUGGGAGUAAUAUUCAUUGGUUGUAUAAUGGUUGCUUUCUUGUACGGGAUUACAAUCGCCCAGGGGUGCAUGUUGUGGACCCGAAACAGCACCGAUACCCUCGCUUUAAGACUACUGAUUCUACUCCUCUGGCUUAAUGACGGGGCGCACUAUGCAGUAGCAGUGUGGUCAGUGUACCACACGGCCAUCAGCGACAGAAACAACGUCAAGGGUAUUAUUUACAACAGCGCAUGGUGUUUUCGAAGCAUCAUCUUCUUGAGCGGAUUAAUGCACAUUGGCAUCAAGAGCAUCUACAUAUUUCGGGCGUGGACCUUAAGCAAGAGCAAGAUAAUUCUGGUUAUCCUGAUCGGCGCCACUCUCAUGACUUUCUCCCUUUCAAUGACGAUCGCCUUUUCACUGCCCCACGAGAACAACCUGAUCACGCUAUUGGACUCUGUAUCGCGCGAGAUAUACGCGUCCCUCGUCUCCCUUGCCUUCUCCGAUGUAGCGGUCUCUCUGACGGUCUGCUGGACCCUGGCCCGAUGCCGUACUGUGUCGCGAAGGACCGAACACAUAAUCCGCGUUCUCAUGCUAUACACCAUCGAAUGCGGACUACUCAUGAGCGUCUCAUCCAUCGCCUGCGUCAUAGCAUAUGCAACACUCAUGCCAGGCAAUGCCGCAUUCCUAGCGAUCUUCUUCAUCAUACCCAAACUGGGCAUCAACUCCUUGCUUGCCGUGUUGAACGCGAGAUAUACGCUGCAGGAGUCGGCGAACAGCGCUAUUGGCUUCUACGACUCCAUCAUGCUAUCCAAACUCGAGACUCGGAGCAGGUCAUGGCGGGAUCGACUCGGGAUGAAACGCAGUGAGAACUGUCACAUCGUGAUCAACGUCGAGAACGAGGUCAACGCACGAAGGCACGAUCGAGAGCCGGCGGCGGAUAAUGCCCACCGACCCGCAUGACAAGAUUCGAGCGAGCACGUCGAGCGGAAUGCACGCAACGUGAGCGCGCGGAUAGACAUUGUGCCAACCUACCGUGUAAUACCUAUGCUUCCACAUAUGUAUCAUAAUCCCGUUAUGGGCGCAGAACGCACUGCAGCCUAAUGAACUUCGUUCAUGGACCUCUAUA